AUGUCGACCGUCUAUCACCCUCGCUUUCCAGGUUUCCUCACGACUUUGGUCCAGGGUUUCUCUAGCAAACUAUUUUACCGAAAUUUAUCACAAAAAGUGAAAGGGAAAAGGCCAAAAUUGACAAAUAUCAAACAAAAGGACAGUGUUGAUAUCGAGGGGAUUUUAAAAAGGCCUGGAGCAGUUGUCGGUAGCGCCGAACCUCUUGUUGUGGAUUCCAGGGAGACCACGAAGGAAAUAGAGAUUAAAAAGUGGCAAGCCUCACGACAAAGGACAAACUUACUAAAGCAAGGAGAGCGAAGGUGUACCUUUCAAGUUUUUUAAAGUCAGUUUAAAAGAAAUUAAGUAACAUUUUAAUUAAAUAACUCACAAUUCUUAAUAACCUCCCUUAACUUCGCUCCCAGGCUUCUUUCUCAUUCCUCUUGGAAGCCUGGGAAAGGGGUAAAAUUGCUGAUGACUACACCUUUUGUGUCAUUCUAUUUAUAGUCUGCAAUCUGCGGUCUGCAGAUGUCAUGUACGGCCCUGCUCAUAACUUCUAGGGAUGAAAAUAAGGUCUUCAAUUGACCACUCCAGAAAAUCCAUAACAUACCAUAAUGCUCCUUGUUUGUCCCCAAAAAUCUUGCAAAAGCAUUGUUUUCAGUUUCUCUUAAGGCCAUUUUAACUCCUAAGAGAAACUGAAAAGAAAGCUUACGCAAAAUUUUUGGGUGACAAACAAAGAGCAUUAUGGUAUAUGUUAUGGUAUUUUCUGGAGCAGUCAAUAAUACAGGGCCUACACCUUAGGACAAAGGACCUUCUGUGAUGAACAAUAACAUUCACAGCAAUUGUUAAAUUUCCUGCCUUAUCCCAAGGUCUAUGCACAAUUUUGGUGGUGAGAUACACCCCUGGUCCUAAGGCUAGAUAAAUAACUAUCCAGGAGAUAAUUAUUAGGGAAACAAAUCGUGUUAUCCACUGGUUAGCAUUAUCUACCUUUUGAACAACUAGUGGCUGUCUCAUAUUUCAAGGGCCUGUAGAGCAGUUUUUAAAGUGCGGGGGCAGGUGACAACCUCUUUUGAAGUGGGGGGCAAAUUUGGCUGGUCUCUCUUUGUGGCUGUUUAAAACUGUCAGAUUACUGAACUUUUCUUGAUUCAUUGUUGAGUGGAGUCAUGUUUAUAAAUUUCAAGCUGCUGAAAAGUACCUUUCUCCGGCUGAGCCUGAUUGCACAUGCUGGAUCCACCACUAGAAGUUUGCAGAUCAUGAUUUUACAAUGAUGUAGGUUCCUGUAACCCCUUCAUUUUGUCUAGUAUGUCAUCGAAAUGCAUCAGAGACAACGAAAUGCAUCAGAGACCACAUCAUCAGCCGAUAUCAUUCAUUUUAAGAAACCGUAGUUCAUGGAGUAGUCUUCAGCUGAUUUAAUCGAGAACUUUCAUCAAAAAAGACUAUUUCACAUCGUUGCAAAUGCUACAUAUGGCCUUUCUGGUUUGAAACUACAGAUAGGCGUUUUGAGACUUACUACGCAUUAGAUACUAUUUAUAUGAAAGUGUAUAUUACAAUGGAGCCUCUAUAACGAAGUCCUCGGUGUAAUGAACUAUUUUUUUGCCUCCAGAAGUGGUAAAAUAUAAGGCAAUAUGAAAAAGAGCCUCAAUAUAUGUUAACGAACCUCGUUAUAAUGAACAUAUUUUGCCAGUCUCUAAGCCCUUCAUUAUAUCGACUACCCAUAAGCUCCUCCUAGACAAGACUGGAAGAGGAAGGGACCUUUGUAGCAGCUUUGAUAUUCAUAAAGUGGUGGCCAUUUUGUCAACAGAUAAACAGUUAUCCACAGACACCUAUUAAGUCAGUCAGUCUAACAUUUUGUUUUAUAAAAGCUGCUUUGUGGCUGCUAAAGGUCUCUUUCUAUUACCUGUAUCUAGGAAGAUUAGAAAGGCUGUCCUCACAGGCUACAUGUAGGUCAACCUCUGAUCAUCAGAAAUCUAUCUGAUAAUCAUGAUAAAAGUUUGGGGUUUCCCACUGAGUCUGAACUGUGAAGUAUUUUCCUCUUGUCUAAGAGCAUGGCUUGUAUUACUACUCAGCGAUUCAGAACUACGUUCACCAGACUGGCUACUUGCCAUCCCUGCUGCAAAACAGGACAGUAGUAAUGCUGUUUGGUUCUCAGGCUGGAAAAACAUAACUUGACCAUGUAGCUGUAACAGUCAAAGGACACCUCCCUAGGAGAUUAUAGUAUUUAUGCAAGAGAAAACAUUGGGGAAGUGGGGAUGAUAGUAGCCUGCGAACAGCAGACGUAUUUCCGGUCGUCGCUAAUGUUUUCAGAGGGAGAGAAGCGAUGACCGGAAAUGCGUCUGCUGUUCACAGGCUAGGAUGACAUGUACAGUUGUCAUUCAAUAUUACAGUUGUAUUGAUUGUAGUAUAUUUUCGUGAACCAUUGGGGCGCAGGGCCUCAAUUGCUCAAUUUAUAGAUGCACAAUCACCUGGUGUAAAGUCUAGAACCAAGGAUCACUUAAAUUACAUGGUUUUCUUUUUCAUUUGAUCCCAGGCACAAACCCUCGAGACUGACUUACAUGAAAGUCAAUUGUAUUUCUCUUGUGCCCAUUAAUUGUAAACAGAGAGUACAGACAUGUGCACAGACUCAUGCAAACACCUAAAUUGUACAAGUUUUUGCCAGUUUCUGUGGUAAAAGUUAGGAGCCUAGUUACACAGAACUGUACAAGUACAGGGGGCAUAGAAUUAGUUUAAAGAGCAUAACAAAAUACGAUUUAGAUUUAAACUAAGAUUUUAUUUCAAGUAGUUUAAAGCAAGUAAAAUGUUAUAUGACCGGAAAAGAGGGCACAAUAUUACGUCAUGAGUCACAUUUGGAAAAUCUUUCAUCCUGUUCUAGGUAUCCUUCAUUAAGAAUUUUGUUUUAUUGCCUGUCAGUUGUACAUUCUGAAUACAAAAACCCCUUGAAAUGGUAACCUUUGUGCCUGAAAAAUUAUCCUACAUGGCUCAUUCAUUGUUGGGCAUUUGUUUGAUCAAUCCUUUACAAUAGGAUCAACUGCAGAGAAGUGGUUAUGAAUAAGUUUUUCUGGUAACACAUGAAAGUGAGAAAACCUGUUGAAGCAUGCUGAAAACUAUGUGAGCUAACCAAAUAAAUGGCAGGAAGUGUAAAAAAUGUCAUCUGUUUUUGCAGGGUGGCUGUAAUUGCUGUUUUUACAAUGCUGAUUGGAUUUGCUGCAAUUAAACUUAUGUUUUAUGGUAAGGUUACACCAAAUCUAAUAUUGUUAGGUCCAAAAAUAAUCCUAUCACAGCAGAACCCUGUUCAAGUGACCACAGUUGUGCCACAAAUUCAUGCUAUAAUGACAAGGUGGUCAAACAGCAUGUUCAUAUUGCGGGGUUCCAUGGUAAUUAUUGUAAAUUUUGGGGGAUGGAGCUAAAUGAAGUGUCUAUAACAAAAGAUUUGUCUGUAAUAUAAUAGAAGUGAUUUUGUGAUAAGAAUCAGUACAUGUUCACCUUUUUUUAUGCAUCAUCAGCAUUGCAGGUGGUUUUUGUUUUGAUCUCAAAAAAAUGAAGGAAUUAUUACUGAGCCCUGUAAAGAAAACUGUUGUAAUCACUUCAAUGCAUAUGGCUUUCUUGGAGGAAUGACAAAAACUUGAAACCUUUUAUUUUUAAGUAAUUUCUAGUGUUCUUGUUUCUUGUAUAUUAUUAUUAUUAUUAUCAGGUGCUGAAAAAAGAAAGAAGGCCAGUGACACAGCUACACAACCCACAUAA